UGACGUGAGGGGGGGGGGGGCGAUUUGAAAGGGGCACAACUGAGUAAUUCUUUUCACAUUUUCAGUCUGGGUUUCAUUCGUACGGAAGUAAAAAAAUAUAUAUAUGUGUAUUUUUUUAUUUAUUUCGUUUUUAGGUACUCAUUUGCGUUUAUAGCCGCUGUGAAAGAGAUGAGCAGCAGUAACAAGAGAGCCCCUGCAACAGCGACUCAGAGAUUAAAACAGGAUUACCUGCGAAUAAAGAAAGAUCCUGUCCCAUAUAUAUGUGCAGAGCCACUUCCAUCAAACAUACUGGAAUGGCACUAUCUCGUCCGUGGUCCUGAAAAAACACCCUAUGAAGGCGGGUAUUAUCAUGGGAAGCUCAUGUUCCCACGAGAAUUCCCCUUCAAACCACCGAGCAUAUACAUGAUCACACCCAAUGGCAGAUUUAAAUGUAACACCAGAUUAUGUCUGUCCAUCACUGAUUUUCACCCGGACACGUGGAACCCUGCGUGGUCAGUGUCCACCAUCCUCACAGGCCUCCUGAGCUUCAUGGUGGAAAAAGGUCCCACUCUGGGCAGCGUAGACACGUCCGAUUUUACGAAAAGACAGCUUGCCUCGCAGAGCCUCGCCUUUAACAUUAAGGACAAAGUGUUCUGUGAGCUGUUCCCGGAUGUCGUCAACGAGAUCAAGCAGAAGCAGCGAUUUCAAGAAGAGCUGAGUUCCCUCUCUCAGGCCCUGCCUCUGCCCGACGUAGUGCCGGACAGCGAGGCCCAGAACAGACGCCCAGCCCAGAACGGACACGUGCCGCCCCCUGAUCACCAGCAGGGAAACCGCAACCACGGACUCCUAGGAGGAGCGCUCGCGAACCUGUUCGUCAUUGUCGGCUUCGCCGCCUUCGCAUACACGGUCAAGUACGUGCUGCGGAGCAUCGCACAGGAAUAAACACAGACAGGACUGGAUCUACUCUCACACCAAAAAGAACCGAGGAGACGUCCGCUUCUUCUUUUCUUUUGUCCAAAUGAAAACCAAACAGGGCUAAUGUCGAGGUACGAAGGUUAUUUAUAGCUAAUGAAAUGUAAGACUUCUCACCGUAUUCAGUCCCACAUUAUAACAGGAGCGCUCCUGCGUGCAAUCAUCUCGUUGUGCGUCGUCGUCUUGUGCCUUUUAUUAUAAUCCUCCUGUUUCUAUUUCACUGAGACCUAUAAACAAGCUCCACCUUUCUGAUGAAUACCAUAAAAAAAUAAGCGCAUCUUCAUGGUUUUAUUUUCUGUUAACAAACAUGAUUUUUCUACUUUUGUAGAACAGCACCACCACCAUCAUCAUCAUAAUAUAUAUAAUGUAUGGAGUUUGGGUCUGAUGUGAAACAUGACGCUGUGAAUGGUCAAAUUUUGUACAUAUGAUGGUGCUUAUGUAUAACUGAACGACAUUGUUUUUGCAUUAUGUUCAUGUAAGUGUAGCCCGGGAUGGUUUUCCAUUCAAAUCCUUGCAUUCAGGCAACAAAUUAUAACAUAAUCAUAAACAUAUAACAUAAUCAAUCAAUUAAAAGUUACUCUGUUACUCUUGACUCCUUUCAGUAUCAUCAGUAACAUCUGAGUCCAGAAAGUGGUACACGUUUGGUUCCUUUAUGACAGCGGUGUCCAAUCCUGUCCACAAAGGGUCGGUGUGGGUGUAGGUUUUUAUUCCAACUAAUCAGUUGUUCUUUGCUUUUAGUAGACUCUGGUGUGGCUUCUGCUUGGUUAGAAUGAAAACCUGCACCAGCCCUUUCCGGAUAAGAUUGGACACCGCUGCUUUAGAUGCUGCUUUGUGAUUUACAUUCCAGCAGCGAUAAACCUUUUUUUUUUUCUUUAUGUCAUGCAGCUUGCCAGGCUGCAGAGAAACCAGAAAGCCCUCUGUCCUGAAGUGUCCAGGAAACACACUCCCAGGUUGUAGCCUGUUACAGUAUGCAAUUCCCUUGGAUCUGGAUGUCAGUCUGUAACUCCUGACAGCUUUCUGGUGUCUGUGAUAAGUUUUCUGUUUAUAAGUACUCUAUUUUAUUGGACCAUCGAACACUACAGUCUGUUCUACUGUAUGUGUUUUUUGGGAGUUUUUUCAUGAUUUCCUGCACACUAGAACGCACAAAAAAACAAAUUUUUAUGGCUUUUCGUGGUGUAACGUGCAAUAUGAUUCAACUGAUUUUAAAUAAAGUUUGAUUUUAUGAA